CCUGUUACGAACAGAGUCGUCGAGAUUUUUGUCGAAAAAUCUAUCUGUUUUGUUGGCAAUUCUUGCAAAACCUACUCACUGUAGACAAAGCAAAUCGUAAGAUAAAUAUAAAGAAGUGGAUUCCAGCAGCUUCAGCUGUUGUGUCAGGAUAAACGUGGACUGAAUGGGAAGAUCAACUGAAGAUAUUUCAUACAUUGUUGACAUCACAACGUCAACCAACAUUGCAGAGGACCUUUUGUUUUGAAGGAUGGCUUUUCCGAUCCUGUCAGACACAGACUAGUAGAGUUAACGGAGCCUUCGCCAAAUUUUUAAUCAAGUCUACACUCAAACUUAUCAUAAGUCUUGUGUUCUGUAACACUUGAUGAGUACUAGUUUCUUCAUACCCACCUGAGUAAGGGUUACUAUCUGGGCAUGGUCGACACUCUGGUGAACUUUGACCUUUGACCUUGAAUCAAGAUGAGUGCAUCGGGAAGGAGUGAUAAGCAGAGUGCUACACCAGAGAGUACUAAGAAACAAGUCACGGUGAAGGUGUCUGAUAAUAACAUAAAGAACACGGGGAAGAAGAAGCCCAGGUCGGCUCAUCCCGAUGUGGACUUGAAUAAAGAAUUUUCAAAAUGUAAAGAAAGAGGUGACACAAGAUUGGACUUGAGUAAACAGUCGAUUCCGUCUCUCCCAAGCUCUCUCAGAGAGUUGACUCAGUUGAGAGAGUUGUAUCUCUAUGGCAACCGUUUAUGUAGCCUACCUCCCGAGAUUGGACAUCUGUGUAAUCUUGAGCAAUUAGCGCUGAAUGAAAACUCACUCACCAACCUACCUACAGAACUCAGUCAUCUUCAUAAAAUGAGAGUGCUGGAUCUCAGACAUAACAAACUAAAAGAAAUCCCAGAGGUUGUUUACUCGUUGGUGUCGCUCACGACCUUAUUUCUAAGGUUUAACCGUAUUACUCACGUUGGAGAACCUCUUCAAAACCUCACGAAACUGACAAUGCUAAGUCUGAGGGAGAAUAAGAUCCAAGCUUUACCCAACGGGAUCGGUAUGCUGGUUCAUCUCAUCACGUUUGAUGUCUCACACAAUCAUCUUAAACAUUUGCCAGAAGAGAUUGGUAACUGUGUCCAGCUUUCAUCACUUGAUCUACAGCACAAUGAGCUAUUAGACUUGCCGCAGUCCAUUGGUAAUCUCAGAGCACUAAGCAGACUGGGUCUUAGGUAUAACCAGUUGACUGGUGUCCCACAGAGCUUGAGCCAAUGUACAGAGUUGGAAGAACUCAACGUAGAAAACAACAAUAUUGCAACAUUACCGGAGGGGCUACUAUGUAGCCUGUGUAAUCUCACCAGUCUGUGUUUAUCAAGAAACAACUUCACCUCGUACCCUGUUGGGGGCCCUCAACAAUUUGCCACAGUCUAUUCAAUUAAUAUGGAACACAACCAGAUCAAUAAAGUACCUUUUGGAAUCUUCAGCUGUGCUCGUUAUGUCACCAAACUCAACAUGAAAGACAACAAGCUUAUGGCCCUUCCGCUUGAUGUAGGGAGUUGGACUUCGAUGGUGGAGUUAAAUCUAGGCACUAAUCAGUUAACCAAAUUACCAGAAGAUAUCCAGUGUUUGACCUCGCUAGAGGUUCUGAUCCUCAGUAACAACUUCCUCAAGAAACUUCCGAGGGGCAUUGGUAACUUAACCAAGCUGAGAGUCUUGGAUCUGGAGGAAAACAAAUUGGAAUCUCUACCAUCAGAGAUUGGAAAUCUGAAGGAGCUUCAGAAACUUGUGGUGCAAUCCAAUCAACUUGUGAACUUGCCAAGAGGGAUCGGACGGUUGACCAACUUGACAAAUCUUGGUGUAGGGGAAAACAACCUCAAUUCCUUGCCAGAAGAGAUAGGAACUUUGGAGCAAUUAGAGCAAUUAUAUCUGAAUGACAACCCAAAGCUGAAUGCACUGCCCUAUGAGCUUGCCCUGUGCAGCUCACUGCAAAUCAUGAGCAUAGAGAACUGCCCAUUAGCUAACAUACCACCGGAGGUCACUGCUGGGGGACCUUCAUUGGUCAUUCACUUCCUGAAGAUGCAGGGACCCUAUCGCAACAUGGUCAACACUUGAGGCGUACAGGCUUCUUCAACGCUUGCCAUCAAGGUUACAGUUGUGUCAGUCCAGCUUGCAGCGUUGACAUCUCUUCAAAUGGUGCAGGUUCACAAUGUUUUAUGUAGCAAUGUAAAGCAAACAUGACUUACACACACAAUAAGGGACCAGCUAUUAAGCACAAAAAGUUGCUUAGCGUGAAAUUUCUUCAACCAAAUUACCAACCAAAUUUCCAUUUGUUGCAAAUUGCUUGUUACUGGUAUUAUGUUCAACUGUUUGCUUAUCCCGUAAAUCAUGUGGAAAUUUGUUUAAUAACCCUUUUUUUGUCAAGGAAGAAGUUCCAUGCUUAGCAAAUUUCUGUGCUUAUUUACAAAAAUAUGAAAUUGGGCACAUGUUUUCUUAAGUUUACAAUGGGUUCAGGUUAACAUAGUAGCAGUGUAUAGCAUAGACUGGUGCCCUGUCUUUAUCUGCAAGACAGACACUGGUCUUACAGCUCUGAAAGUCUUUGUAUACUCUAGCUACCCCAACAGCUUGCUUGUACAUAGACUGGUGCCCUGUCUUUAUCUGCAAGACAGGCUCUGGUCUUACAGCCCUGAUGAUUUCAUUGGAUGACCACUGUCUUUGUAUACUCUACACCAAUAGCUUGCUUCUACAUAGACUGGUGCCCUGUCUCUACCCCAAUAGCUUGCUUCUACAUAGACUGGUGCCCUGUCUCUACCCCAAUAGCUUGCUUGUACAUAGACUGGUGCCCUGUCUUUAUCUGCAAGACAGGCUCUGGUCUUACAGCCCUGAUGAUUUCAUUGGAUACCCACUGUCUUUGUAUACUCUACACCAAUAGCUUGCUUCUACACGUACAUAGACUGGUGCCCUGUCUUUAUCUGCAAGACAGAAAUUGAUACAGAUUCUAAGUGGUGUAACAUACUCUGUAAGCUUGUGUUGCCAUUUUCUUCAUUGCUCCCAAUCGAGCAUAAAUUAUUUGUCGACCUGUUUGUGUGUAAGGACUGUUUGUUUUACAAUGCUACUCUUUUGUGUAAAGGAAACAUGAUGAAUUGCCAAUUAAUGUUUAUGGUUCUAUACAAUAUUCUGUGAUUGGUUCUUAUGUGUUAUCAGCCAUUAUGGGAUAAAUAGAAACCUGAAAUAGUAUACAAAAAUUUAAUUGUUCGUUUCUAUUCACCGUUAAUUUCU